CCGCCGCGGCGGCGGCUACCGACGUAUUCACGGCGGUAUUCGCACAGUCGUCGCGGCCGUGCGAGGUUCGUUGGAGGUUAGGGUGGCCAUCUUCCUCACGCGCGCGCUCGCUCGCUCGCUCGUGUAUCCCGGACCGUGUGUUUCUACCGCGCGUCGCGUAACCUUCCUGGCAUCGUCGUUACAGCUACGUUGAUCGCGCGAAGCGUAGUAAAAUCGUCACGUGGCGCGCGCAGUUUCGUCUCGUCCGCGCGUUUAAUGCCUCGCGCGGUGCGCGGACCAAGGUGUACGGUGGUGCGGCGCACUUAUUACGCGCUUUUCGGCACGCAGGUAUCGGAGCCCUGUGCUGAUCGUUACUCGUCUCCCCGGCUAGGCUUCCUCCUCCCCCCCUCUACGUGUGAUCAACGUGACCAACGUGAAUCGUCGUCGUCGACGUCGUCAUCAUCAUCGUCGUCGUCAUCCCUUGCAGCGAGAGAGGAGAUUGCCGUGUCGUCGAGCAGCGGCGGCGACAGCGGCAGCAGCGAUUGAACGCAAACGGCGACCGGCCGAAUUGCGAGGGAGCGACACGCGGAGGGAGGCGCAGCAGAGUCGCGCCCCGUAUCGUGGCACGAAUGACGAAGAUGCAUCAGCACCCGGUGCAGGCGGCGGCGCCGGUGGCAGCGGCGGGCGCGCGGAUCACGCACGAAGACCACAUUCUCGAGGCGAUCGAUCAGCUUCGGCGACGUAAAGCGCGCCCCGAUGCCGAUCGCAUAUGCAACUAUCUGCUCCGCAACUACGCGGUGGACGCGCGCGACACGAUCGCCGAUCUUCACCGGCUGAUCGAGGUCGAGAAGGUGAUCCAGGUGGACUACAAGGGCAACACCAGUUACCGCAACGCGAAGAAGUGGACCCGGUUGCAGCUCUUCAAGAAUCGACCGGAGGGCUUCCUCAAAGAGAAACUCAACUCUGGCAUGGUGUCGAGUGCGGUCGCCGAGCUCGUGGUCGAGGAGCCUGAUUACCUCGAUCAGGGCGUUCCCGCCAGCCGCCUCAUCGAGCAGCUGCUCGAUGGCGUCUCGAGCCCGACAUCCCGUCGCGUGGUCGAAGAGUUUCUCGGCCGCGAGGUCGCGAGCGGCAAUCUCGCGCGCCUGUCCAACGGCAAUUACUCGCUGGUAGCGACGCCCGACAUGACGACGGACGCGACACCGUCGCGACGCGGCGGUGACUCGCAGCCAUCCUCCUCCGCCGCGGCGAUCGCCUGCGCCCUGGAGAACGGCAACGCGACGCAACGGCGUGUCGGUAAGGAGACUGUUACUACCAACGGCACCGCCGUCGUCACCAGCAAUGGCACCAGCAGCGGUUUAACGAGGACGACGAAGGCAACGAAGACGGUGACGACGACGACGGCGGCGGCGGCGGCAACAACUUCCACGGCGACGGCGGAGCUCUACGAGUUCAACGAGACGGAUAACCUUACCGACACUACAUCCAACACCUCGCGAUCGUCCUCGCGGCAGGCUAACGAUAGUCCGAAACUGGAGCAGCAGCGGCAGGAUUAUGCUAAAAAGGAGGAAUGUUACGAAGUCAACGUUGGCAAAAACGAGCGAAGUGGCAGCGCGUCUCCACCGACCGUCGAGGUAGCGUGCAACGGCGACGUCGCCGACGGCGGUCGACGAGAGCACGAGUCCGUGGAAAUAGCGAUACCGACGUCGACGUCCGGCGUGGAGAACGGUAUUGUCAAGGAACCAAAGAGCAAUGAUGCCCAGAAGACGACGACUAACCUUAAAAGGUCCACCAAAGCUGAGCGCAAACAGCGUCUGUUCGCGAGAACGGACGAUCGUAUGGAUAUUGAAAUUAAAUUUGAGGACUACCGAAGUAGCAAGGAUGAUCGAGAAAAGCACGAGGAGACCGGUCGACGAUCCAGCGAGGAUCGUGAGGACGAGGACGCUGGCAGAAGCUCGUCGACGAACACGUCCCCGACUCCGUCCAAUGUAAACACCGGUGGAUUCCGUAGCGCCAGGCGAAAGAGAGCCAGAAAAGUAUUUGAUCCUUCGGACAACAAUCUGGUAAAGCGCAAACGUGGAAGACCAGUUAAUCACAAAAAUUCAUUGAUACAAGACUCUCAAGAAUCUUCUAAGCCAACUAUCAAGGAUGGGCCAUGCAGACGAUGCAGUCUUUGCGCCAAGGAAAAACAAGAGGCUCUUGUGGCUUGUAGGGAUUGUACAGUGCGAGCGCAUCCAAGUUGCAUUUAUAGUCCGGAAGAUGUACUACAAAAAGCCAAGAGCAAUUGGCAAUGCGAGCGUUGUAAAACUUGCACAGUAUGUUGCGAAACUUCUGAUGCUGGUCCAUUAGUGACUUGUCAUAACUGCGACGACGCUUAUCACUAUUUCUGUCAUUCGACUCGUAUUACCAUAAAAUCAAGCUCCAAGUGGUAUUGCAACGAAUGCACGCAAAAGCAACCGACGAAUGAUACAAAACGAAUUAGAACACUCAUUCAGUCAACGGAACAAGUAGGUCGGACACAAGAGGAACGGUGCAAAAUAAACGAUACUCAGAACGUUCAUUCAAUCAAUGGAACAAGCAGGCCAGAUAGCCCAUCCAGUACGACUAUCUUACCGCCGGUUCUAAGUCCACAAGUUUCUCCCACGAGAGGUUUUUCCGAACAGAUUGAAGACGAUGGUCCCAAAGGACCCAUCGAUCUCAAUAUUCCUGAUGCAAGAAAUUGGACUUCCGAGCAAGUGUAUCAAUAUUUUGCUAGAUUGUUUCCCAAAGAAGCCGAAGUUUUCCGACAACAGGAGAUAGAUGGUCACGCACUUCUAAUGAUGAAUCGAAAGGAUGUUCUAUGCGGACUUAAUUUACUACUGGGUCCUGCCUUGAAGAUAUACAGACACGUUUUGAAGCUUCAGUUUCGUAGAGAUGAUCCUGAAUUAUAUUGGCAAUAAUAUACAGACGAAUUUUGCGUAAAAUCGAUCUCUAUUAUAUUGUGCGCCGAAUCUUUUAAUCUACGAGAUUUAUGCUUCACAAAUCUUGUAAAUUAAGAUUACGUCACCGUUCUAGUUUAUAGAGAGUCUUCGUGUUGUACAUAUGAAGUAUCGUUAAAGAUCUCUUUUACAGAUAAUGAGGUAUGUUUUGCACGAAUAUGUGCUCCUUAAUAACAAGAAUAUUUGAGGCGGGUUUGGUUUACUGUUGAAUUCCGUUGGAGAUGUAUCUGCAUAUUCUCUGAAAAAGCACAGCGAUGAUCUUAAUUUUUAUUGGCAAUAAUAUAAUGAUAUUGCAUAAAUUCGAUCUUCGCAACGUUAUACAUGUGAUUUGUACAAAUCAAGCCUUUUUAUAGAAUAAGAAUAUAACUCAACUCCAAGGCAUGCUCCGUAUUGUACAGAUUAUGCAACACAUAUGAGACAUAUUGCUAAGACCUCCCGCGAACGAUUUAUCGCAAGCCAAACCGGUACCGAUUCGUAGAUGUGUGUACAUGCACAAUUGCGUAAUUUAAUGUACAUACACGUUCCGCCUUUUCAUACGCGGUAUUUUAUAAAAAAUAGAAGUAAAUAUUUUCUAUCUUCAAACUGUUACUUGUUAACGUUAAAUUUAAGUCUAAAAGUUUUAAGAGUUCUACAGCACUGUUCUGACAAAGAGAAAACUGUUGGAUAUGUGAAAAGGAAAAAAAAUCAGCUAAUUUUAUGACAAUUUUGAGUCACGUAAAUUUAUAUUUUAUUUUCACAAGUUACAUCUAUAGAAGUAACAUAUUCAUUUGUAGAACAUAGUUAUAUAAGAUACCGCUAAGUUAAGGAACACGAUACUUUGGUUUUACAUGUACUUUUCUAUUAUGCAAUAAAUAUUUUGAUAUUUAUAAA